GGAGCUUGGGCGGAGAUCCUGCCACAUUCCCAGAUCCCCUCCAUUCCCCCCGCUUCUCUCUUCACAGCAGCACCAGCUUCACCAGCUUUUGUGGGGAGCAGGCAGUGCUCCCGGCCAGCUCCCUGAUCCUGCUAAACCAUCCAGCUCUAGGCUCAAAGCUGCUCCACAGGCACCAUGCGGAGUGCCCUGCUGUUGGCAGCCAUCCUGGCCCUCAGCCUGGCUCAGGGGGCUGUCUGUGAGGAGUCACAGGAGCAGAUGGUACCUCGUGGGGGCCGCAAGGAGCAGCCCAGGGACGUGUGGACUCUGGACAGAGUGGCACCUCUGAGAUUCAAGAAAGUCCCGGAUAUCAACCAGUUGCUCAAGACACUCUCCGGCAGCGGCUCGGUCUCUGUGGAUGAAUUACUCAAAACUCUGGGCAAGGCUAGCCAGGAUCCUAAGAAAUUGUCACUCUUCCAGAAACGUGACAUGCAUGACUUCUUUGUGGGACUUAUGGGCAAGAGGAACAUCCAGCCAGACUCUCCUAUCGAUGUGAACCAAGAGAAUGUCCCCAGCUUUGGCAGCCUCAAGUAUCCUACCAAUGUGGAAUGAGCAGUUCACUUCUGGACGCCUGGGCUGCAUCAUGAAGACACCCUGUUGCCCUCUCUGAAUCCCCAGGUGCAUGCACUCCUACUUUCCUUUCUCUUCCCAGCCUUGUAACACUCUCGUGCUUUGACUCCUUCCCCAUCCCUCAACCCCAUAGUGAUGUAGAAACUGUUCAGUGGGCAUCGCCUGUCCCAGCUGGCAUUGACUGUGGAUUCCCCUGGUCUC